ACUCACCUUGUAUCAUGGUGGCCGUGGAAGUGAUUGUGGUGGUGGUUGUCGUGCUCAUCAUCUACAUUGCGAUCCGCCUGCGACAGAACUUCAUCAUGUACCAGCAAGGGUAUGCGCCGAUUCCAGACGACGAGAAGCCUGUCUUGUCCAAGCACUUGAUCACUCAGUCCAAAGACUCGGUGGAACUCAUCAUUGCCAAAGACCACCCCGCGAAACACAAGUAAUCAACUCAAACCCCACCCUGAACGUCGAAGUGGCCUAUCUAUUAAAUAUACCAUGUCUUCAUAUUCGUUGCUUGCCUGUUGGCCGUCACGGGUCGUCAAGGACGCCCAAAAGGCGCCUGAUUUCGUCGU